AUGGAAGUGGAACCACCAGUCGAGUCACCAUGGCCGAUAACACGAGUCCCACCUUCUUCUCCUGCACCUUCUGGAUAUCUUUACGGAGAUUAUAAAAGUGAUUUCCUGCCUUCUGGUUCCUUGGAAAUACCUGAACCAACUGCCAGACCAACAGAGAUACAAGGGGUAGAGGUCAAACCAGCACCAAAGAAAAAGGUCAUUCAAGUAAAGGUUGAUACAAAGGUGGAGGACGAAGAGGAAGACAAAACGGAUUUCGAGGUACCAAUAUUGUCGAGGGCGGAUUAUAAGGUGUAUGAGAGAGUACAGAGAAGGAAGGAACAGGAGUAUGCAAAAAUGUUAGAAAUGACAACAAAACUUGAGAAAAGUGCCAGGAGGAAGCCUGCCCCUGAAGAAAAAAGGUGGGAGCCGAGACCUGUGAAGACAAAGGUUUCAAAGGAAGUACUAUUGAAAGAGGAAGAGGUAAGAAAAGAUGCUGAUCCUAAACGUCUCGAGAAAUCAGACAGGAAUCCAAGAACCAGCGAUGCUGAGUGUGCCGAACCUUGGCCGUGGCCUAGGCCUGAGCAGAUGAUUAAACUGUCUGUCAGAAAGGAGAGGGUUUUGUCAGAAAGGGCUGAAGAGAGAAACCGUAAUCCACUAGAUCGCAUCAGUAAGGGGUUUCAGGUUAGCCAUGUCGGGUCAAACACAGAUCUUGCAGGUCAGAUGAGAAGUGACAAGGUACCAAUGAAGGUAGAGAAGGCCAUUGACUUUGAUGUGGCUGUAAAAGGUACAGGUGACUGUGAAGGUAUGCCUCUACGGGAUGGUGGAGGGAUUACAGCACGUGCUAUCUGGGAAGAGGCUUGCCAUGCAGCCACCAAGAAAAUAGGACCUAAAGAUGAUCCGACUCUAGAGGGUGAGGGGGGAAAUGUGUUUGACUUCAAGAAAUACUACACACCAUUCCGGAUUUCUACGGCUGGGGGAUCUUUUAGUCGAUAUCUUGCAAGCUUGGGAAGGAGGAUAAACAGUGUUUCUGAACAACCUGGUAAAAAGGUCACGGUUGUCGGGCUUGAAUCGAAUAAGAAGGGAAAGCUUCUUGAUCCGAAUGCCAAGCGGGAAACCAAAACAAGUCCGAAGAAAUGGGGUUUUGCAAAGAUGGCCGUCAUGGGUAGGCAGCCUGAAGCGGUAAAGACUGCACUGAAGGCUAAGGAGAAAACUAGCUCUACUCAUGUCUUAGUAAAGGGAAAAACAGUCCCAGUAGUGGAAAUACUGAAGCAGACAUUGUUGGUCAGGGUGCCUGUUGGUGAAUCUUUAGUGGAAUGCAUUGAAGGCCAGGAGGCCGAAAUACAUGAACUUGAAAUCUCAAGGGGGAAGCGCCUCUGGAACAAACUAAAAAAUGCUCAUAAUUUAGCGAAAGAUUUCGUUCGGAUGAAAUCAAAUAGCGAGGCAGAGGACACGAAAACUUCUGUAUGUGGGAAUGGUCAGUGCAAUAUAGAACAGAUACAGAGAUGGAGUAGUGCUGUAGUUUUGGCUGAUGGGGGUAUCCUGGAGGUUUCUAGUGAUGAGGAUGAUGUAAGUUUCUGCAGGAAACGGCCACGACAAUCGCGGCAUGGGAGCACGGGAACAUUGAAUUUCAAAGCUGCUGCACGUGCAAUUAUGCUGAUGAGUCGGUCACCGCAUAGGUCACUCAAGAAUCCAGGCAAUCUGUUGAAACAAGGAGAGAAUGGUGUAGUUGCUGAGACAAGGAAUCCUGUCCCAUAUCUUAGCUUUGUUCAAAAUGUUUCUCUCACGGAUAGAGGAGCCAGGACAGAAACGGAAGUCAUAGAACGUGAUGUCAUAGAGCAUGCUGGUCCAUGCGGACGCUUCGUUUCCCAUAUGCACAUGAGGAAUGUUAGUUUAGGCCCUGUGAGGCGGAAAGUAAAGACUGUGAAAGCCAAGAAGCCCCAACCACCUAAAGUCAGUGAUCCACAUAAAGACAGACCGAGAGUAAGAGUAUCAUAUCCGCCGUGGCCCCCCAAGAGGUCAAAAGCCAAAAGAGUUGUCAUUCCCUCCAGCUCAGAUACCACUCAGCAGCCAGCUCCCCCUCCUCCAACACCCCCCAGGUCAGCUUCCGCAGAACUCCCUCUCCAGCUGCCAUUCAGAGAACCUUCACCUGAUCCUGAUGAAGACAUGGGUUACAGAUCAGGUGAACAGGAAGAAGAAGCUGUUGACAAAGGACUCUAUGACUUGGGUCCAUAUGUCUCCACUGAAAGAGUGGAUGCUGCGUUUGUCCAGGAAAUGAGGAAUGUCGCUGUCAAGCAGAAGCCUGCAGUCUCUUACAGCAUGUGUGAACCACCAAAAGGUGGUGGUAUUGCAAAAAGAGGUCGCAACCCCAGAACAUUACCACCACUAGAGAGUUCUAGAAAACCUGAGGUCACCAAAUCUAAAAAACGUGGCGGCGAAAAACAAAAAAAGGUGACAGUUACGAAGAAAAUGGAUGAUGUAAUUGUGCAAAUACCUCAAGAAAGUGCUUCUCACAGAAAGAAAGCGGGCGACGAUGAGCUUCUUGAAGCACCACUGCUUCCUACCGUCAAACUUGAUGAUGCCAUGAAGCAAGGUUUAACAGUCAAGCGCGAUACUGAAGGGAGCUUGCAAGAGCAGGGACAAGUUGAGUUGGCAGAGAAAAAGAAGAAGAAAGCCAGGACGUGGACUAAAGGAACUUCAAAGAAAGGAAAUUUAAAGGAUAAUACUAAACAAGGACAAUUGAAAAAGCGCCCAAACCAAACGACGAAAAUUAGAAAGAAAGGAGAGCAGGAGGACAGCGUUUUAAAAGCUGUGGAUUUGGACCUGAAUCUUGCUGAUGCAGCUUCUAGCGAUUCAAAGGAAUACGCAUCAACUGAUGUGACUGAUAACUGCCGUCUAAAGUUGCAGAAUCCUGUUGUGGACAAGGAUCCGCCUGGUGACCAGGACACAAAGAAGCCCAAAAAGCCAAGGGCACCAGUAGUAAAGAAAACCAAGGUUGUGAAAGCAAAGGCUAUUCCUGUUGAGGAGCCACCAAAAAGUUUGACACCACAGUUUGAGCAGAGGAAGAAAGUCUCAUGGAUUUUUGAUGAUGAAGACUUCUCAAGCGAAGGUGAAAAUGCUGCCAUGUUAAAACUAAAGGAGGUACAUGCACCAAUUCUCCCAGAUGCCCCCGUAUUUGAUUCUGACGAGGACAAGGACAACGAAUCUGAAAUAAUGGAAAAACUACCAGACGAACCCAAGGUACCUACGCCACCCCCAAAGACCCCUACACCACCACGAACUCCAUCCCCGACGCAGAAAGAGGAUGAAGAUGAUGAAGCGUACAAGAAACGAUGGGGGCCAAGGGUUAGAGACACAUCAUUGGAGGAUGAGCGUGAACGCCAAAGAAUAGCUGAAGAGAGGCGACGAAAGGCUGCAUUGUUGUUUGAGAGAUUAAGGGGGAAGAAAUACAAGGAUGGUGAGGAAGAUCAGGAUGAUGAUGAUGAUGAAGGAAUCAACUUUGAUGAAUAUGAUUUCUUAGCAAAAUAUUGCAUUUUCAAUAAGGGAAACCUAGAGAUGUACAAGAAAACCUUUGAUGUAGUUGAUGAGGAUGAUGAUGGUAUGUUGGACUUUGAGGAGACCCUAAUGGGCUUGAAAGGCAUCAACAGAGGUCUCUCUGAUUCUGAACAGGAAUACAUUUACAGAGUGUUGGAACAUGUUGGCUAUAAGAUUACAGAUGGUGCUGACCUAAAGUUGUUUUCUGUCGUCUGUGCCCUUUCUCAGAAAAUCAAUGCACUAGAUUCAUGGAUGAGAAAUCUCAUUGGCAGAAUUGAUUUCAAAAUGUUGGACAUGAAAAUGUUCAUGUGUAAGACGUUAUGGGAGUGUAACGUAGACCCAGAAACCAACACCAUUCCAAUAGAUCAACUGUGCGUUGAACUUCGAGCAGGUGGGGUGAGCAUUCAACAUGAACGACAAGUCCGGGAAAAAUUACAACACCUGCACGCACUAGACUUAUUGGACUUUUUAACUUAUAUUCCUUUAUUUAUCAUGAUACAUACGUCUGUAGUGGAUAAUCCUUUAGAUGACACAAGGGACAAGUGAGAUGGAGGAAUCAAAAAAUUUAAUUUCUGAUUCUCUGAGCUGGUAGAGAGAGUGGCCUUGACACAUAAGCAUGCGGUCAGAAAUAUAUGGUGCACCUAGGUCUGUCUGCUAGGGUUAAUACUGUAACUUCUGACCAUAUCGAUAGGCAUAUCCAGGUUGUCUCGUGUGAUGAGACUCAUUUGAGAGAAAAUUGAUGAAUUUUUGAACUUCUGGCAAUCCUUGCUACCCACAACUAUGACUUGCAUAGUCUUCAGAUUGAUUUGAAAACAACAAAUACGAUUACGAGGCACCGCAAUAGUAUUCCGCGACGUUACUAUUUAUAGCUCACAAGGUCAUUUGAAUAAGAUAUUCAUGACGUUUUAGUCACGUGACAGUCGGACAUCGACACUUAUUUCUACGCAUUUGAGCUUAUUUCAAAGUCAAUUAUCUUUGACCCUGCAUUGUUUUUAGCAUGAAUGAUACCAUAGAGUGAGAGAGAGAAAUAUUCAGAACAAUUAUGUAGUAUUUCCAACACUCGGACAUCUGCCAGAUUGAAUCUAACUGCCCUAGUUAGAAAGCCUGAAUCCAUUACGAAGCCGCAUGUUUGUCCGACAUUGCCUGUAAUUCAGCGAUGGGGAAAUAGAGGGCAGCAGCUGCAGUGACGUCAUCUUCGCGGAAUGCUAUUUCUACAGUUCCCUUGUUCCCAGUUGGCCUGUUGAAGUGUCAUGUAGAAUCUUUCUUGAAAUGCUUUGAAUGUUAGGUAGUGGUUAGUAUCACUAAGAUGUCUGUGAUUAUCAUUGUUCAAGUUCAGUUGUUGGUGCUAACGUUAAAUUCAUUUUAAAGCACCUUCGCACUGUCAAAAUAAUCUGUACAUGUAGGAUUAUAUAUCUGCCUUAAAAAUGGUGGCACUUGAUUAAACAAGCCCUCUAUUCCUUUUCUGAGAAUGUUUUUUUGGGGGGGGAAAAAGGCUUUCGUUUUUUUAUUAACUCGUAAAAGUGUUGAUCACCAUACGAUGUAUACGUUGUAUGUUAAACUUUCAUGAUAAACAGUUCAUAUGAUAAACAAAUAAAAUGCAUUAAUUCA